CAGGUCCCUGGGGGAGGAGGGUGGCACAGCCCAGGGGGGACCCUACAGCUCAUCGGGGGGUCCCAUGCCUGCGCUGCCCCCGCCCCCAUGUGCCCAGGGCCUGGAGCGGACAGAGCACGAAGGCUUUGGUGGGGGCAACACAGCCUGGGAGGAGGAGAAGCUGGCCAAGUACCAACACAGUGAGACCCGUCUGCUGGAGGUGCUGGAGGGCGUCUGUGCCCCCUCGGACUUUGCCUGCCACCAGCUGCUGGAGCAGAGCGAGGAGCAUGUGGAGCAGUGGUGGUUCCACGAGCGGCAGCAGCACCCCGACUUCUUCCAAUGGCUGUGCAUGGACAGGCUGGCACUUUGCUGUCCGCCUGGCACCUAUGGCCCCGACUGCCGGCCCUGUGCCGGCGGGCCCCGGCAGCCCUGCAGCGGCAACGGGCGAUGCGAUGGCGAUGGCACGCGGCGCGGGACCGGCCUGUGUGUCUGCAGCCCGGGCUACGGCGGCCCUUUCUGCGCCGAGUGCGGUGAUGGCUACUAUGAGGCCUCGCGGAACAAGAGCCACCUGGUAUGUGCCGAGUGCUACCGGGCGUGCGGGCGCUGCACGGGGCCAGAGGACUCCAGCUGCCUUCGCUGCAAGAGGGGCUGGAUGCUGCAUGAGCACCGCUGCAUCGACAUUGACGAGUGCGGCACGGAGAUGGCGCACUGCCGAGCCAACCAGUUCUGCGUCAACACGGAGGGCUCCUAUGAGUGCCGAGACUGCUCUACGGCCUGCAUUGGCUGCAUGGGCGCCGGGCCGGCUCGCUGCAAGAAAUGCAACAAGGGCUACUGGCGGGAUGGAGCCAAGUGCCUGGACGUAGACGAGUGCGCCAGCGCCGAGGAGCCAGUGUGCACGGGAGCGCAGGAGGUGUGUGAGAACACGGAGGGCAGCUACCGGUGCGUCUGCGCCAGCGGCCACGUCCGGCGGGACGGGCACUGCGUGGAGGACAAACCCCCCGAUGCCCCGGAGAAGGGUUUUUUUGAUGACGUGACGGAGGACGAGGUGGUGGUGCUGCAGCAGAUGUUCUUUGGCGUGAUGAUUUGCGCCCUUGCCACGCUGGCUGCCAAGGGCGACAUGGUCUUCACCGCCAUCUUCAUCGGUGCCGUGGCUGCCAUGGCCGGCUACUGGCUCUCCGACCGCAGCGACCGCGUCCUCGACGGCUUCAUGAAGGGCAGAUAGCUCUGGGGCUGCCGCAUGCGGGCUGGGGGGGCAGGCUCAGCCUGGGGUGCAGGGUUCCCCCCCGCAGCAGGGGCUGGCUGCCGAGACCGGAUCUUGCGUGCGGUGCUGUGCCCUGCAUGAAUCCCCCAGCCCCCCAUUAGCAUAGGGUCUCGCUCCCCCUCUGCAGAAUGAGCCGGGGGUAUCUGAUUCCCAGGGGCUCCCGCACAGCCCCCUCCGGCUGGGGUGGUGAUGCCAGGCAGUGCGGAACGGGGCGGGGGGGGGGGGGGCCAGCAUGCUGCCCCAGCCCCUCGUGCGCUGGAGGAGAGGCCUGGCACAGUGGCAGGUGGGAGGGCAUGGGGGCAGGUCAGGGGGUGCUCUGGCACCGCCGGGUGCCGGGGCGGUGAUGCUGACAGAGCUCGGCCGCGCUGCCUGCCCAGUGAGCGUCCCCAGGGCUGGCGGCUGCUGGGCCCGUGGGA